AAUCGCAAAAAUCGAUUACUAAAAUGUUCGAAGUCCAUGAAUUUCUGCAUUUCAAUUGUCCUGAUCGGGACCUCGUCUGCGGAAUCAGGCUACCGGAUAUGAAUAGUAAGUUCAUAUUCAACAGUUGGCCCACGAUAAAGGCCUGGAAAUUGUUUGUUGCGAAGUACCUUCAAGUUUGUAAGGGUGGAAUUAUCUCUUUCGCAACGUGGAAUCGGAAACUCGUGUUUUCUUGUUUCAAUAUUAUUGGCUGGAAAAUAUUGUCAUCAAAUGAAAAACAGCAGAGAGAGCAGCAGCUGGAAACAUCUAGGCAAGGAUUAUUAACUGGACAUCUGGAGUCUGAUGCGUGAAUGGUCAGAAUUGAAUUCAGAGACUGGUUACUAGUAUUUAGAUGACGAGUUUAUGAAUAAUGGUACCACAUGCAGGUCACGUUAAGUGUCGGCGAGUUAAAAGUCAGUUUCGUGUAGAUGAUCACGGUGUGCCAGUAACGGAUUUCGGAUGUGGACGACGGACAUUUCAUUGUGUUGUCGGUAAUGAAGUAAUGACCGAUGGCUUGUUUAAAUCAGAUGCGGGCCUUCUAGUAGAUAACAGUUAAAACAAUUUCGAUACUGUGACAAAUCAUGAUCACGUUAAUGAGUUUCGUUUUAGUCAGUUACGGCCAAUGACAGGUACAAUGACUCAGUAUUGAUGUUCAACAUUUGACUUCAUGACAGCUGGUUGGAAAUAAGGAUCAUGUGGCAAGGAGGAGGGAGAUCUAUCAGUGGAUUAGCGAGAAGGGCAGUGGCACCGUCUACAACUUCUCCAUGUACCCGGUUAAAAAGACCAAUUAGACGAAGGAUAGCAACAGAAAUUGGCUUGUGUACCACAGACAAAAUCCAACUUUCAAUGCUCUCGUUGUUAUCGAACGGACUCUACCAACGUUUUCCUGUUAAAAAGCUACUUCAAACCUUUCAUGCUAGUCCUGUUUCGUAUGGAUGUGCUCCUGGAAGAAGGGUGCUCAUGACCCUCCCCACGCGCCCUGCGAAGGCUGGUUUGGCGGACACCAUAAAAAUCCGAGACGCUACGAUGUAUGACAAAGACGCUAUCCUCGCGAUCGACUCCAUUUACGAGAAGGGCUAUGACCCCUUGUUCAGUCAGUAUGAGGAACACUUGUUGGCACCCUACAGGCACUGUUAUGUAGCGGAGAACAAAAACAGGGAGAUGCUUGGUUAUUUUUGCGCCACAGUUGUUGAUGCGGGGACGACUCUGUCCUUUACCCCCAGCAGACAGUUAGAACCCAAUCUUGUCCCUUUUUUCCAUGAUCAUUUGGCAGAGGACAUCGCCCGCAAAUCACCAAAUUUGACGCAGAGUUUUGGCGUGUUUUACUUCCAAGAUGGCCGAUACGAACCGGAAGUGACAAAACAGAUGAGGGAAUAUGGGAAGGAAAUUAUGAGGCGGCCUGUUUGUCGUCUGGAAAUUCCCAUUGAAGAUGUAAUGGAACAAGUCCAAGUUCUAGAAAGGAAGAAGCCAAGCAGAGUGACGAAAAUCAGGCCCUCGCUACUCUGGGAGUUUCUAGAUAAUACAAAGCGCGAAUUUCUCUUCCCCGACGAUAAAAUGAUCAUUUGCGGGGAAGGAUACGGCAUGAAUAAUAGCAACUUGGAUAUGCUGUGGGGAACAAAGAUCCGAAAUGUUCACCUCACGGCCGACGAAGGGGACUCGCCACAUCACGCUGUAGCGGUGAGCGUCCGCAACAACUAUCUUGCCCAGAAAGCCAUGAUACACUUUGUAGAUAUUUAUGCAAAUUGUGAUACAGAAGUGUUCGACCAUUUUGUUUCCCAGGUUCACGAUUCGUUGCGUCAUCGGGGUUGUUUUGACGUCAAUCAUGUCUAUAAAGCACACUUGCCAGCCGAAACGAACGUUGACCUAUUUUUGGAAAAGUGUCAAGAAUAUUUGAAACUGCUGAUCGUGAACCAAUCAAAGCAGGCUGUGUCCCUUGUGUCCUUUGAACUUUGACCAGUUUGAAAGAAUCAGCAUAGUUAGGUCGCGUUGGUUUCCCGCUGUAACGGAAUCCGAUUAUCCCCCAUUAUCUCCCAAUGAGGGGGCUGCGCUUCAUUUGCCUCCUAAACCGGAAGAGACCAAAUGUACGCUUGUACACGGUGCUAGUCUAUCACUAAGCAACCGUUACCAAUGUCGAGGCUUGGAGAUUUACUAUCCUAGGUGGGAUGUGAGAUAGCCUUCUCCCAACUUCGAACUUUGUAGUCUGUCCCCGUUACCCCCCC